CCAGAAGCAGUAAACCAGAAGAGGGAGAGAUGAUCGUUGACAAGAUCCCAGCGCCGGUGAAGAACAAUAAGGAUAAAGGUAAAGCUGCGAGCAGCAGCCCGCCGUCGGCAUGCUCGCCGGGUUCUGCUCCGGCUAGGCAUGAAGGCAGGCCCAACCUUCGUUGGACCCGAGAUCUCCAUGGGGCUUUCGUCGAAGCUGUUACUGCACUUGGCGGCCCGCAAAGUAAAAAUUUCAUUAUAUCAUCGCCUAUAGCUAGUUGUUGAUUUCGUGAAGCAAAAAAGAAAUAUAAUAAUAAUAACAAUAAUAAUUAAUUAGUUUCCAAAUAGAUUUUACUAGAAUUAUAGAUG